GCCUUUAAUUUAUAAAUAGGAAAGUAAACAGCAGAAAUAAGGUCAUGUUCUCGUCCAAAUUGUGCUCAAUUUCCGACGCUCUUCUUACUCAAACAAAGCAAAUCCUGCUGCGUAAUUCUAGUUCAAAAUGGACGCAAAAGCUCGAAGCUGCGACUUCGAAAAUAUCCAACAAUUAUUCAACUCCGAAUGACAGUCCACAAAAACUAACUCGGCAACAAGAAGAAAGCGACAGUUCUAAGUACCACAUCAGACACAACUAUAUUCCAAUGACUAGAAAGUCUUUAGCGAAACGAAUCAUGGAAGAGGAGACGUUGAUUUCACCUGAAGAUCAUGCAAGGUUUCAUGAAUUCGCUGUCGCCGUAGAUCAUGCUGUGGGGAGGUUGUAUCAUGGAGUUCUUGGAGAGCUGAAGUCACUGUAUGACCCUCUGAAUCCAGACAAAGAGACAUUGGUGACAAGGUACAUUGGUACUAAAGAACGACAGGACAGAGAAUACCUUUUGCUCCAAAAACUAAACAAUGUUCUGUACAAAGCUGGCUUUUACGAACUGCCCCAGGAGGCUGUUCAACAGGCCUUGAAAGAACACGACAUAGGUGACGGAGUUUUAGUCAAAGUUGAUCCGAGCAAAUACGAAAUCUUGAGAUUCUGGGUUGUCGGCAAAGACAUGCAAGACGAUGAUAAGGCAUUAGGCUGGGCGCGAAAGGCUCGCAAGUCUGUUCGCUAUCAAGUGUAUGGACGACCAUCGACCAGAGAACGGUAUAAACGUGUUAUCAUUGCUGUGAGGGCGAAAAACCAGCGAAAAUUAAUCCUGAAAACCUUCAAGGAUAUACCGUGUCCAAAUCUAGAACAUUUGUUACCUGAGGGUAAAAUUGAGAUGACUCGUUUUGACCAGGUUUUGGUCGGGGUAAGCUUGAGCAUAGGGCUAACCACAGCCGUGGUGAAGUUGAUCACCCUAAUGGCUGACCAUCAAGUCGGCUGGUUGCCAAUAGCAACGGUCACGACGAUGGUGUUGCUCGCGAGGACGUGGAGCGUGUACAAGAGUCGUAGGAAUAAAUACCUGGCAGAUUUGACACAAACUUUGUAUUUUAAAUCAAUGGCAAACAACAGAGCAUUGCUGACGCUGGUUAUCGAUCGGGCGGAAGACGAAGCUUAUAAGUCAGCCAUGUUGGCUUAUAGUUUUAUAAGGGCGUCAAGGAGGCUAUCUUUGUCAGAGGAAAGUCCCUCGGACGAGGAGUACACGGACGGUAUAACAAAAGAGGAACUGAGAGCGCAAAUAGAAGGCUGGAUGGAGAACAAAUUCGGUUUGCAGAUCAAGUUCGACCCAAACGACUGCAUACAUUUUCUCGAAGAUGUGGGAAUUCUCACCAAAGCAGAAGAAGGAGAUAUUGAGAUGCUGCGAGUUCUACCAAUCAAUGACUGUUUGCCGCUCAUUCCAGUCCCUCGCGACUGGCAUUCGCCAAUCGACAAGACGGACGAGUUUGACUUACAUGAAGUACGGGCAUUCGGUGAAAACGAAGUUGACCAUCAAAAGGAAAUGGAAACGGAGAACGAUGUGCAAAGAAAAAUGGGAUGGUAUUAAGAAGAAGUAACUUCAGCUUCUAUGAGAGGGUGAAUUUAAACAGAACGAUUUACCAUUCAAAAUAACUCGCAUGAUCGGAAAUUGUUAGCCCAGCACGACUUAUUUGAAGUUGUCUAUUUUUAAAAAACAAAAAAUGACAAAAGACUAAAUGAAAGAUAUUUCAUCAUAACAGCUGUUGAAACAAAAAUUACGACUUUUUCACAACACAGGCUUUAUUAAAAUUGAUCGAAAUGUUUGUGCGUGAACU